AUGUCCAACGAAAGCACCAUUAAUGAAUUCAUACUGUUGGGAUUCUCUGAAGUUCGGGGGAUACAACUCGUAUAUUUUGUGAUCUUUCUACUGAUUUAUAUGACAGCAUUUAUAGGAAACAUUCUCAUCCUCACAGCUGUGGUCACAGAUUCCAGUCUUCACAGCCCCAUGUAUUUCUUUUUGGGGAAUUUGUCAGUUAUGGACCUUGGAUACAUCUCAGUCACAACACUUAAAGCCAUGGCUAACUCCUUCCUGAACACAAGGUUGAUAUCUUAUUCAGAAUGCAUCACUCAAGUCUUCUUCCUGUUUUUCUUCAUGGCAUCAGAUUUUUUCCUUCUCACGGUCAUGGCAUAUGACCGACACGUUGCCAUUUGUGACCCCUUACAUUAUGAGAUGAUAGUGAAUAAGGAAGCAUGUAUUCAAAUGGCAGCUAUCACAUGGAUCAGUGGCCUUCUCUAUGCAGCAAUACACACUGGAGCCACAUUUGCACUCCCUUUCUGCUCCAACACCAUCAAUCAGUUCUUCUGUGAGAUACCCCAAUUACUCAAGCUCUCCUGCUCUGACAUGUACCUUAUUGAAGUUGUAGCUCUUUGCUUUAGUGCAUGUUUAGGACUGAGCUGCUUUGGUUACAUACUUAUGUCUUAUGUAGAGAUCUUCAAAACGGUAUUCAGAAUCCCAUCUGCACAGGGAAGAGAGAAAGCCUUCUCGACUUGCAUCCCUCACCUAAUUGUUGUUUCCUUAUUUCUUUUCACGGGCAUAUCUGCCAAUCUAAAGCCAAUGUCCAGCUCCCUGGCAGGCCUGGACAGUGCUGUAUCCAUGGCUUACUGCAUUCUACCCCCAGUGAUGAAUCCAAUAAUUUAUAGCAUGCGGAACAAGGAGAUCAAAGCAGUGUUGUGGAAAUUCUGUUCCAGAUCCUGGAAGAAGCAUAACAAAGGAAAGCAUGGAUGCAUAAUUUUGUGGAAACUUACACAACCAGGAAACAGAAAAUCUUGA